UAAAGUCUACUGUGACAUGGUUGACAAAGAAGGUGUUGGAGUGACAGUUGUCAGUCACGACAAUGAAAAUAGAACACUGGUGAACGGAUAUAAUGGCCCUGGAAGUUACUGGCGCAAUGUCACUUACCAUAAGACCAGUUUCCUUCAGUUAGCAAGCCUAACUGCUUCAUCCGCUCACUGUGAGCAGUUUAUAAUGUACGAGUGCUAUGACUCAGUGCUCACAUUCGGAGGUACAAUGUAUGGUUGGUGGGUGUCACGUGACGGAGAGAAGAUGAAGUACUGGGGAGGCGCUGAUUCUGUUGACUCCAGAUGCGCAUGCGGCUUGAACAAAACAUGUGCAGACAAUCAUUAUGGGUGCAACUGCGACAACGAAAACCUCAGCUGGCAAAACGAUAGCAGUUUACUCACAAACAAAUCCAAGCUUCCCGUGAAACAACUCAGGUUUGGAGACACCGGUGAGGUUCAUGAAAAAGGAUACCACACACUUGGAAAGCUGAAGUGUUUUGGACUACUUUAAAACAAUAAACAGUAAAAGUAUCUGCCAUUUCCGCUAUUUAUAAACUCACUUCCUCUACUUGUGUAAAACAAAAUUCUGUUAAUCAGUUAAUUGAUUUUAAACAUUAGGAGCAAACCAUCCAAAUUUCUAUGGGUAGUGGAAUAUUAUACGUCAUCAAAAGUGCCGACUGCUUUUUUUUCGAAAUUAGAAGUGAAAAAGGGGAAAGAGAAGAGAAUCAAAAUCAAUUUACCUUAAAAGAUUUGUGCUGUCUAUCGUUAUAUCGAUAAAUUUGUGUGUAUUUGGAACCUAUUUAAACUUUGCUACCAUAUGAUUAAAAUGUAGUUUACCGAAAAGAAAUGAAGUAAAAGAAAAGCGGUUUAGAGAAACAUGUAGUUCUACGACGAAAGUUAUUAAUGUUUUCAAAAUGAAGUGUAAAUGUAAUUAAUCACUCCGAGCUGAAUGAAAAGUAAAAGCCUGAUCUUCAGCCUCAAAUUUAUUCAAUAUUGUUUAGCACAGAAUCACUGGCAAUAGAUCAUGAUGACAAAAGAAACUUUCCUUUCCUACGGGAGUCUUCCAGCCAAUUGACAGAUAAGGCUUUCAAUAAACUCAGUGAUUUAGGGGCCGACCAUUUAACUUUUGAGGGGGGGUGGGAGAUUUCUGGUCAUCAAAAAAUUUUUUUCUAGCA